AUGACUGUUGCCCUGUGGUAUGGGUGGCCAUUGCAGCACCGGGUGAUCGCAUGCGUCUUCGAGGCUUCUAAGGGCCAGUAUCCCCACAUGCCCACUACCUCCCGCAUCCUUACUCCCUCCAACACGCCCGCCCACCUCCUCCCACUUGCUUAUUUCUUCCCACAACAUGCUCACUCCCUCCCCACCCAUGCUCUCACCUCACGCUCAUCUCCAUGGUCAGGAAGUGACGCAGCCGUGGGGGCUGUGACUCCGUUGCUGCAGUCAGCAGCACAUGACAUACCGCCAUGUGCCGUGGCAGCGGGCGGCACUGAUGCGCCAACCCACAUGCCACACAUGCCAUCCCACGUGCCAAAUCCGCCAACCCACAUGCCACACAUGCCAUCCCACGUGCCAAAUCCGCCACCCCACAUGCCACACAUGCCAUCCCACGUGCCAAAUCCGCCAACCCACAUGCCACACAUGCCAUCCCACGUGCCAAAUCCGCCACCCCACAUGCCGCAUGCAACGGGCUACACACUGCAACCCUGCAGCCAGCGCAGCAGCAACACGCCACAGGCACCCACUGCCGGAAUGGAAGCUGCUGGGAAGGUUCCUCUGGAUCCAGUUCAGGCACCGGGGCAAGUGCAGGUGGUUAUAACGAAGGCCGCGGAUGAACUGCUGGCUGUGAAGCUGGUGCCUUAUAACGAAAUAGCUAGUGCGUCAUUACAGGUGACUGCUCAAAUCCAAUGUUGCCUUGCCUCUUCGUCCCUCUUCUGCCUUGGCUCCUCCUCUCCCCUCCGUCCCUCUGCUGCCUUGGCUCCUCCUCUCCCCUCCGUCCCUCUGCUGCCUUGGCUCCUCCUCUCCCCUCCGUCCCUCUGCUGCCCUGGCUCCUCCUCUCCCCUCCGUCCCUCUGCUGCCUUGGCUCCUCCUCUCCCCUCCGUCCCUCUGCUGCCUUGGCUCCUCCUCUCCCCUCCGUCCCUCUGCUGCCUUGGCUCCUCCUCUCCCCUCCGUCCCUCUGCUGCCCUGGCUCCUCCUCUCCCCUCCGUCCCUCUGCUGCCUUGGCUCCUUCUCCCACCACCCACCCAGGCGGUGAAGGAUGUGUGCAAGUCCAUCUCAGGGCGCUUCUGGGACAGAGUGACCAGGUGGGUGGCCUAUGGAGAGGGAUAUGGGGAGGAUAUGGUGAGGCAAGGUGGGUGGGUGAGAGGGCAGCAGGUGGGUGGGCGAGCAGGGAGCAGGUGGGUGGGGGAAGAGGGUAGCAGGUGGGUGGGUGAGCGGGGAGCAGGUGGGUGGGGGAAGAGGGUAGCAGGUGGGUGGGUGAGCGGGGAGCAGGUGCGUGGGCAGUGGAAGUACCCAUUCGACAUGGCAGAUGAGGUGGUUGCAGCGCUCGCAUGCAUCACUGACGUUUCUAUCCAGAUAGUUGCCGACCCUCCCUCGUUACUGUCACAGACUGCAUGGGGCAGUAUAGAGGAGGAGGCGGGGAAAGAAGAGGAGGAACGUGCCAGGAAGCGGCUACGAGGUGAUGCGAGCUGCAUGAAUGGGAACAGUACGCAUCCCAAUAGCAUACGUGCCAGCAGUGUUGUCGGUGGUAGCAGAGCAGACGCCAUACCUCCCCUUGCCUCCUGUGGUGGCAGUGGCACCUCAACUGCAGACUGGCAUUGCCGCCUCGAUUCCGCUGGCCUUGGUCCCGUUUUACCAGGCCCUGAUUCAACCAGCCCUGAUCCGACUUGCCGUUAUUCGACCGGCUUUGCUUCGAGUGCCCCUGUGACAGCUGGCACAGCUGAUGCAGCUGCUGCCACUGCAUUGAGUGGUGCUGCUGGCAGUAGGUUCGCUGGUGACGCGCGGGGGAGUGGAUUCAUAGCAGCAGGUGGGGAGGAGGGUGCUUGUGCGUUUGCGGCAGUUGGAGUGAGAGACACGCUAGCUAGAGUGGGGGACAUGCGUGACAGUGGUGGGGUAGGCAACUGCAGUGGCAGCACUGGUUCCGAUUCCAGCCUGAAUGCUCCUCCUCUUCCUCCCGUGAUUGCAUCGUCACCUGGAGAGACAUCUGUUGAUCUGCCACAACCGUGGCUUGCGCGGCAUGAAGAACCGCCACUGCAGCAGCAUGAGCAGCCGGAGGAGCAACAGAAGAAGCAGCAGCUGAUGCAGCAGCAGGAGCAGCAGCAGCAGCAGCAGCAGCAGCAGCAGCAGCAGCCAAAUCAGCAACCGCAACAAGAACAAUUCCAGCAGCAACAACAGCAACAGCAUCAACAGCAGCAACACCAGCGGGAUCAGCAGCAGCAGGAGAAUCAUGAGGUGGCGGUUCAGCAGCAGUGUCGGAGGAUCCGCCUGCUGCCAUCCUCCAACGGCCGAGUGGCUGCAUCCUUCGUCUACCACCAGGACCUCGUGGCGCCCAUGAAGAGCGUCCCUUGCUCCAUCUGGCAGCACGACAAGCGGCUAUGGGUGUUUCCCCUCUCCUCCCUGGACGCAUUUCUCGAAGCCAUACAAUCAGUUCCGACGUGUGACGUGGAGGUGGAGCCGUUACCACCUGUGGUGAAACGAGCGCUCCAGGAGACAGCCAAGCUGUCAGACGAUUCAGGUCGCUACUUUGACUUACCGGACGGGUUUCGGAAGCUUCUCAUGCCCUUCCAAGAGCAAGGCAUGCAGUUUGCCCUCUCAAGAGGCGGCCGGGUGCUGAUAGCGGACGAGAUGGGGCUAGGCAAGACAGUGCAGGCCAUAGGGUUGGCAGCAUGCUACAGGGACGAAUGGCCCGUGCUUGUCAUCGCCCCUUCCUCCCUGCGCCUGCACUGGGCCAUGAGCAUUGUGCGGUGGCUCAACCUGCCUCCUGAAGACAUCACAGUGGUGAUGCCUCAGGGGGGCGCCACUCGCAGCAUCAACGGGUUCAACUUCGUCCGCUGCACUCGCAACCAGCCCCUCUCGCUACAAUCACCCUUCAACAUAAUAUCGUACGACCUGCUCGAUCGCUUGGAGCAGCCAGAUGAGCCGUUUAAGGUGGUGAUAGCAGACGAGUCACACUACCUCAAGAACUACAAAGCCAAGCGCACAGGCCUGGCCGUACCACGGCUGCAGAGGGCCAACAGGGCCAUUCUUCUUACGGGCACGCCUGCCCUGUCACGCCCCAUCGACCUCUUCAAGCAGCUAGAGGCCCUUCAGCCGCAUGCCUAUCGCAAGCUGGGAGAGUAUGGCAAGAGGUAUUGCCGAGGGGGGAGGUUUGGGGAAUUCACAGGCUCGAGCAAUCUGGAGGAGUUGCAUGCGGUGCUGAGCGGUACAGUCAUGAUUCGGCGGCUGAAGAAGCAAGUGCUGCCUCAGCUUCCAGCCAAGCGACGACAGCAGGUGCUGCUGAUGCUGGAGGAGAAGGCCAUGAAGCCCAUCGGUGCACUGCAUAUGCAGUUGAGGAAGGUGCGGGAGAAGAAGGCAGUAGCAAGGGAUGCAGAGGCGGAGAGUGCAGCGGUAAUGGAGGAGAGAGCGCUGGUGUCCAGGCUAUACACAGAGUCGGCAGAAGCGAAGGUGGAUGCCGUGAGGGAGUACCUGGGGACCAUGCUGGAGGGGGGGUGCAAGUUCCUCGUGUUUGCCCAUCACAUGACCAUGAUGGAUGCGCUCUCCGACUUCUUCCAGAAGGAGAAGGUGGGCUACAUACGCAUUGACGGUUCCACAGCGCCUGAGAAGAGGCACCACCUGGUGGCGCGCUUUCAAGAAGACCCCGACACGCGUGUGGCUGUGCUGGGCAUCCAUGCAGCGGGGGUGGGACUGACACUCACAGCAGCCAGCACGGUGGUGUUUGCAGAGAUGGCAUGGAACCCGGGGGACUUGGUGCAGGCAGAGGACAGGGUGCACAGGAUAGGGCAGGCCAAUGUGGUGAACGUGUAUUAUCUGCACGCCCCUGAAACCAUUGAUGACGUUAUAUGGAGCGUUGUGCAACACAAGCUGGAGAAUCUGGGCCAGGUGAUGGACGGAGAGCAGAAGCAGUCGCUGCAGGUGCACAAGGACCCUCGCCAUGCCGCCGCUGCUGCUGCUCUCGCAGGCAGGAAGAAGGGAGGAGGGGAUGAGCAGCAGCAGGGGAAGCAGGGUAGUGGGAAAUGGGGAUGGUUGACCCAUGCGGGUGUGACUGAUGGAGGUGUGACUAUAGCAGGGUGUGGUGGUGGGGAGGAGAAGAAGAGGCAGCGCACGAUCAGUGAGAUGUUUCAGCCGCCGAGCUAG